UUCGAAACAAACUUUUUUGACAAUAUUGAGGACCCUGAUGCACAAAAAAGGGUACCAAUAUUACAUGCGCAUUUAAUUAUGUUAAAAACUUAUUUAGAGAAUCUUAGACACCCUAUAAAUGAAGGGGAGCUUAUGAUUCACUUUGUUGCCCCUGCUUUUAGAGUGAGCAUUGAUCAAAAACAGAAGAAGUUUCGAAAACUAUGGUGUGAGCAACAAUUAGUAGCUAGUCAAGAAAGACGUAGAGUUAACCAAGAUCCUAAUGAUGAUCGUGCCCGUAUGGGCCAGAAAACGGAUUUAAUCAUUACUCUGCCAACAGGACCGGUUUUAGAAG